AUGGAAACAUCGUUAAUAUAUUUUUCAAAACUAUUACAUAUUGUAGACUGUGCUCCAGCUACGCAUAAAACGUUAUUUCAAAAUGUUCAAAGCACUUUCGCAUUAAUAAAGCCAGUGCCAGCAAGCCUCCAUGGAAAAAUUAUAACAUUCAUUAUGAAGAAUGGUUUUCGGAUUGUGCGCAUGAAAAAUGGAAAAAUAAGCAAAGAUUUUGCGAUGGAAAUGUAUCAACAUCUUGCCGGAAGCAACAUGUUGCCAAUCAUCAUAGAUUACAUAACGACGGGUGAAGUUAUCGGAUUAGAGUUAGUGGCACCCAGUGCUGUGACAAAAUGGAAAGAAUGUUUGGGUGAUACCGAUCCGCUUACAGCAAAACCCGGCACAUUGAGGAGAAUAUACGGCGAAAAUAAAGUUAAAAAUAUAGCUCACGGCUGUUCUUCAGUGCAGGAGGCGGUGAAUAUGCUGGAUUUGUUCUUUGGUUACGAAAAUGGAUUACCAAGAAUUCAAUUCCGAGCAACGGUAAAAGGACUGUACCUGUUGCAUUAUAAAACCUCACCAAUAGCAAUGUUUUCGGUUAAAUUACAAAAUGCACAGGAAUUUUUUGAAGUAUAUAAAGGCGUUUUACCUGAAUAUGAGGCAACAUGUAUUCAUCUGGCUGAAGGCAAGUGCGUGGCUUUAGAAGUUAAAUGCCAUGAUCCGAAAUUGAACUGUGUUUGUGAAUUUAGAAAAUUAUGCGGCCCAAGAGACCCUGAGCUGUGUCGUCAAUUAUAUCCAGAUUCCCUUAGAGCGCUAUAUGGUAAAAACAUUGUGCACAAUGCAGUACAUUGUACCGAUCUCCCUGAGGAUGGGGAACAGGAAGUUGAAUACUUUUUUAAAUUAUUAGCCAACAGUUGA